GGCAGACAGGUUUGUGGAUCCCACCCAUAGCUGGUUCAUUCACUGUGGAGGAGGCUGCUGUUGUUUGACCAUGGCUGGUGUGCAGACGGAGAUUGCCCUGUGCAGUCGGCCUUGGAGGGGACCCUUCCAUAUCUAUGGUGGACUGGCAUGCAACUCACUCAUGGCUGACGUGUGGUCAGACAGGACUCCUCUUCACGAUGCUGCCUACCAGGGUAGACUCCUGAUCCUGAGGACUCUGGUCUCACAGGGGUUUCCUGUGGACAUGCUGACAAUGGACAGGGUCUCUCCCCUCCACGAGGCCUGCCUCGGAGGACAUUACGCCUGCACCACUUUCCUACUUGAGAAUGGGGCCAAUGUGGAGAUGGUAUCGACUGAUGGAGCCACACCCCUCUUCAAUGCCUGCAGCAGUGGGAGUGUUGCAUGUGUCAGACUGAUUCUACAGUACAGCCCCAACACCCAUGCUGUCCAUCACCUGGCAUCCCCCAUCCACCAGGCUGCAAAGAGAGGUCACAGGGAGUGUCUAGAGGUGUUGCUGUCCUAUGGAUUCCACAUAGACCUGGAGCUGCCUGGUGUGGGAACCCCUUUGUACACAGCCUGUCUGGCCCAGGCCACUGACUGUGUGGAGAGACUGCUGCAAUCAGGUGUUGAUGUCCAGGGUGGGUGUGGUCAUGACACACCAUUACAUGCUGCAGUGCUAGGGGGAGAAGUCAGGGUGGUGGAGCUUCUGAUGGACUACGGGGCUGAUGGGAGUUGUAGGAAUUCAGACGGGAAGACUCCUCUGGAGCUGGCAGCUUGCGACAGUACAGUCAGAACUACAAUACAGAAAAGAGGUCCCUGCACACUUUCUCAGCUGUGUCGGUUCUGCAUUCGGAGGAGUUUGGGACAGACUCGUCUGGACAGAACAUCAGCCCUCUUCCUCCCUUACAGACUCCAGGCUUUCCUGCUUUACCAGUAACACUGAAAUGGCAACUUUUUUUACAAACGUUUGGUCAUUUGUAUUUAUUGCUAUUUUAAUCAACUUCUACUUGUUCAGUGGUUUUAGCAGUGAGUUGGUAACUGAACAAAUGAAUUGUUUUGUUUUUCUUGGUUUAAUAGAAACUGGGUUGACUGAUUUGUAGCUUUUCUCAGGAUGCUAUAUUUUCUAAUAAAUGGUCAUAUUCAACAUAUCCAAAA